AGGUUUUUAUCCCUAGAAACCCAAAACCCAAAACACUCUCUCACUAUUAGCCGCUUUGUUUCUCUUCCCCAAUCACUUCUCUGUAGAAAUCCCCACAUACUGAACUCUCUAAAGUUCGCAACUUUCCCACAGAAUCUUCCAAAAUUCACCUUUUCCAUUUCAAUACAUCAUAUUGUUCUCAUCUCUCAUUAAUUUCUGUUUUUCAAUUUUUGGAUUCCAAUUUCACAGCUUGGAAUUCAAAGAGAGAAUGGAGAACCUUAAUUUAGCCCUUGUUUCUUCCCAAAAACCAUUGCUUUUGGGGCAUUUUGGUGCAAGAGAUGCUAAAGCUAGAGACGUUUUCAACAGAAAGCACUUCUCUAUUGGGAGCGUUUUCAUUGCUCCUCAGAAUUCCAGAUACCGUGUUUAUGCUCUUUCUCACUCUAAUGCUACUAGGGCUCAAGCUGAACCAACUCAAAACCAGAAAUCUGUGCAGGAGAAGCUGAUCCUGAAACGUUUUGCUAGCGUCUCUUCUUCGAGUGGUCAAGAAACAACAUCAUCAGUUGGAUUUAACCCACAAAUAUCACCACCUCCUUCUUCAACCAUAGGGUCUCCUCUCUUCUGGAUUAGUGUUGGUGUUGGGCUAUCUGCGCUGUUUUCAUGGGGAGUUGGAAGAUUAAAGAAAUAUGCAAUGCAACAAGCUUUCAAGACCAUGAUGGGCAGCAUGGGCCAGACAAAUUCACAAAACAACCAAUUUAGCAGUUCUGCAUUUUCUGCUGGAUCUCCUUUUCCUUUUCCAGUGCCUUCAGCACCUGCAUCAGGACCUACUUCAUCUGCCGGUUCUGAAGGUACUCAAUCUAGGUCACCUUCCACACAAAGUUCAUCUCGGUCUUCUGUUACAGUAGAUGUAUCUGCAACAAAAGUAGAAGCACCUGCUACCACCAAUGUCAAAGAUGAAGAGGAAGUAAAAAAUGAACCCAAAAAAAUGGCUUUUGUAGAUGUUUCUCCUGAGGAAACUGUUCAGAAGAGCCCAUUUGAAACCUAUAAUGAUGAUGAAUCAAGUUCAUCCACGGAAGCCCGGGUUCCAGAUGAGGUUUCUCAAAAUGGAGCUCCCUCUAACCAAGGUUUUGGUGAUUCACCUGGUUCUCAAUCUACACGAAAAUCAGUCUUAUCAGUGGAAGCCUUGGAGAAAAUGAUGGAAGACCCAACCGUCCAGAAGAUGGUUUAUCCUUAUUUGCCCGAGGAGAUGAGGAACCCUACUACCUUCAAAUGGAUGUUGCAGAAUCCACAGUACCGUCAACAACUCGAAGAAAUGCUAAACGACAUGGGUGGAGGCACUGAAUGGGAUGGUCGAAUGAUGGACACCUUGAAAAAAUUUGACAUUAACAGUCCUGAAGUUAAGCAACAAUUUGAUCAAAUUGGACUUAGCCCAGAAGAAGUCAUUUCAAGGAUUAUGGGCGAUCCUGAAGUUGCGAGGGCAUUUCAAAAUCCGAGAGUUCAAGCAGCAAUUAUGGAUUGUUCAGAGAAUCCAAUGAAUAUCACUAAAUAUCAAAAUGAUAAGGAGGUUAUGGACGUGUUCAAUAAAAUAUCAGAGAUGUUCCCCGGAUUUUUCCAUUCAUGCCUUCUCAGAUGAGCAAUGAGAUAAGCUCUGUCUAACCACAAGGAACUUUACAAACACUCAUUUUCUCAUGGAUCGAUCCAUACUGCAUGCAACAAGCUCACUGGUUUUCAGCUUCAUGGUGACCAUACACACAAUAACUGGCUGGCCUGGGUCUAAUCGUUUCCCAUAGUUGGAAUUUUCUCUCUUUCUUUUUUGCUGAAAUAGUUGAGAUUGUAUAUUUAAUUUUUUUUUUUGAGGCAUUGCAUUUACAGUGUGGUUUUUA